UAUAAAUGGAGGGAUAUAUACAAGGAAAUUCUCAUUUUUUUAUAGUAUUAAAGUAAAUUGGAUUAUAUGGAUUUAUUAUAAGAAAUAAUCAUUACAAAUAAAAACACAUUAAUUAACCGAAUUAAGUAGUGAUUAGCUAGCUGGUUACUGGCCAAAGGGAAUAGAAUACCGCCAUAGAAAUGACCGAUCGACCAUAAUCAGCAACACGAUGGGGAAGGUUUUGCUUUUGCAUGGCUGUCCACAGAGUUCCCAGCAUUGAACUAACCUACAGCUAACAACAAAUUACAAGGAUUAGUAUAAUUAAUAUGAUAUAGUACAAGUUGACCAGGAAAAAUUAGGGUUUAAUUAGAAUAAUGGGAGGCUUUAUGUCUAAUGAAUUGCAUAAUGAGUACAAGAUUAAAGGGAGAGGGCUUCGAGAGUAAUCCCUUGUUCAUGUAUGAAAUGAAACGCUAGUGACGGAAUUAGAAUUUUUUUUUUUUUGAACAAGAGAGCAGAGAGUGGGCAUAAAAGAUUAAGUUUCAGAAAUUUGAACAAUGAUAGUUGUAGAGAGAAAAUUAGAGAGUUAUUAUACUAUUCAUUAACAAGUACUUGAUACACCAAAUUCGUUACAGGCUUUACAUGUAUUCUGAGUACAUCAAAACGUGGCCAAACCAAAAACCAUUUUGGCCAGCUUCCAAUAAUCGACCGAAAUUCGGUUACUUCGGUUAUCGGUUAGUGGAUAACCGAUCAGUUAUUAGUUUAACCGGUCGGGUAACCGGUAACCGAACGACCACCCCUAGUAUAGAGUAUAGAUUAUAGAUUUUAUAGUUGAUUCUCUCCCAUGCUUGUAAACUUAUAAUGAACUCCUUAUUACCUUCUUACGAUUUUUUCUUUUUAUGUACUAGUUAUUUUCUUUCAUAGAGAAACCAUGCAUGUAAACCACGUUCACGUACAAAUACAAACUUUACUAGUUCAGUAUUGGACUGGGCUGAGUUUAAUUAACUAGCCAAAGCCCACUGAUAAGUGAAGUCCUACUGUAACAGGCCAAUAACAAUCCUAAUCGGCCCAGAAAAGCCCGUUUUUUGGCCCAUCGCAAUCCGCAAGACCAAAGCGGUCCAGAGCGAGUUAGGGUUUCGUCCCGGACUCGCAACGUCUGAGCAUAUAUAUAUAAUCACAUUUUCUCCUCCCUAGGCUUUAGAGCGAGGAUUGGGAGCAGAAUCAGCGGAGCUUCUUUGAGAGCGGCGAUAGGGAGCGAACCGGCGGCGAUUCCAAAAUGGUGAAGUUUCUCAAGCCGAACAAGGCCGUGAUCGUCCUCCAGGGCCGAUACGCCGGCAAGAAGGCGGUGAUCGUGAAGUCGUUCGACGAUGGCACCCGUGACCGCGCCUACGGCCACUGCCUGGUCGCAGGGAUCAAGAAGUACCCGGCGAAGGUGGUGAGGAAGGAUUCGGCCAAGAAGACGGCGAAGAAGUCCCGCGUCAAGUGCUUCGUCAAGCUCGUCAACUACAGGCACCUGAUGCCGACUCGCUACACGCUGGACGUCGAUUUGAAGGACAUCGUCACACCCGAUGUGUUGCAGACCAGGGACAAGAAGAUCGCCGCAGCCAAGGAGACCAAGGCGAGGUUCGAGGAGAGGUUCAAGUCCGGCAAGAACAGGUGGUUCUUCACCAAGCUCAGGUUCUAGGGGGUUUUCUCAUUUCAGCUGGAAAUGGAUCUCGAUGGAUAUUUACUCUUUUUCCUUAUUACUUAAUUGGAAAAUUUUGAACGAACAGAUUGUCGUGUGCUGGGUUUCUGCCAAGACCGAGUCUUUUGUUGAGUAGUGAAUUUAAGUGUUAUGAAUGGAUGAACUUGUUAUAUAACAUCUGGGUUGUGGCUGUCAUGGAUUGGUUUGAAUUUGGUAUUGACAGCAAAUGUCUUCCAUGGAUUUGAUUGAAUCUGGUUGUGACUCCUGUCUUUCCUUACCUGGCAAUGCUUUCUCUUGCUUUGCAAGAUGGGAUAGCAAUUGCUGGUGGAUGUGAUAGCUUUAGAUAUGAUUUGGGUGCUUGGACAUCUGUUUGUUUUAGAUGGUACCGUAAAUUUACUAAAUUCACUGUCCAUUA